AUGUAUGUGUUUUCUCGAAAAGCAUGGUAUUGUAUGGUCCUAACAAUUCUGUACGGUGCCGUGCUGCUCUUUACAAAUUUCAAGUACAGUCACUAUUCCAAGUACGCUUUAACCAGCCUGACCAGACAGCUCGGCUGUGUAUGUCCACCGAAAGUACCACCUGUAAAUGACGAAGACAGAAUGGACCAACUCACACCCAUAGUCUUUCAGGGUGAAGGUGACCCUUUGUUCCAUAAAGACGAUGACGACACGGUAGCACGACAACUGAAACAAAGUGUUCGAGUGCUUUGCUACGUCAUGACUGACCAAACAAACCUGGACACAAAAACUAUACACGUGAAAAACACAUGGACCAAACGAUGUAACAAAGUGUUAUUCAUAAGUUCUGUGACAAACAGUACGUUUCCGACCGUUGGUGUCGACGUGGGUGAAGGACGUCAUCACCUCACCGGGAAGACGAUGAAGGCAUUCCAGUAUAUUUAUCAACAUCACCUAGACGACGCAGAUUGGUUCCUAAAAGCAGAUGACGAUACCUACGUCAUUUUGGAAAACUUGCGUCAUUUGUUGGAACCAUAUUCUCCAAAAGAAGCGGUUUAUUUUGGACAUCAUUUCACGCCUUAUGUAAAACAAGGUUACCAUAGUGGGGGAGCCGGAUAUGUCCUGAGUAAAGAGGCGUUGCGUAGACUGGUCAUAAACGGGAUUCCGUCCGGAAAAUGUACGAUAGAUGGAUACGGGGAAGACAGACAUAUGGGCGGCUGCAUGGAAUACGUUGGUGUGAGAAUAGGCAACAGCACCGACUCAUUGGGAAGGAGCAGGUUUCACUGUUUUGCGCCGUGGAAACACGUAAUGGGGGGUUAUCCUGAAUGGUACAUACGCUACGACGCAAACGGAGCAAAAUAUGGCCAAGAUAGCGUUAGUGAUUUCGCUAUUUCCUUCCAUUAUGUGCCGCCUGGGUUUAUGUACGUUUUGGAAUAUCUUGUAUACCAACUCCGGCCCUACGGCAUCACAAUGGCGGACACAGAGUGA